CCAACCUGCUAACCAAGCAAAGCAGAGCAGCUCGGAGAGGAGGCCAGAGGAUACUGUCUGUCUGAAACCCAAAGGAAAGAAGGCAACCAAUUCUCGAGACUUGAGAUCGAGCUUGUCCACUAUACCACAACAGUAGCCGGCAAUGGCUUCCUCUUUGCUCCACUGCUCCGACAAGCUCCCGUUCAUGGACGUGGAGACCAUCCUCCACAUGAAAGAAGGCCUCGACGAGAGCAGCUACGCGCAGAACUCCUCGCUCCAGAAGAGGGGCAUGGACACCCUUAAGAGCCUCAUCGUCAACUCGGCGACGGACGUGUACAUCUCCCAGAUGCCGGAGAGGUUCACGGUGGCCGACCUCGGGUGCUCCUCGGGCCCCAACGCGCUCUGCCUGGUGGAGGACAUCAUCGGGGGCGUCGGCAAGGUCUGCUGCCGGUCGUCGCAGCCGCCGCCCGAGUUCUCGGUGCUCCUCAACGACCUCCCCACCAACGACUUCAACACCAUCUUCUUCAGCCUGCCGGAGUUCACCCACAGGCUCAAGUCCGCCGCCAAGUCCGACGAGUGGGGCCGGCCGAUGGUGUUCCUGUCCGGCGUGCCCGGGUCCUUCUACGGGAGGCUGUUCCCGAGGACCAGCGUGCACUUCAUCUGCUCCUGCUCCAGCCUGCACUGGCUCUCCCAGGUCCCGCCGGGCCUCUUCGACGAGGCCAAGGCACCGAUCAACAAGGGCAAAAUGUACAUAUCGAGCACGAGCCCGCCCGCCGUGUCCGUGGCCUACCGGAGGCAGUUCCAGAGGGACUUCAGCCUGUUCCUCAAGUCGCGCGCCGCCGAGGUCUUCCCCGGCGGGCGGAUGGUGCUGGCCAUGCUCGGCAGGCAGAGCGACGAGUGCGUGGACAGGAGGACGACCUUCCUGUGGGAGCUCCUCUCGGAGUCCUUCGCGGCGCUCGUGUCGCAGGGGCUGGUGGAGCAGGACAAGGUGGACGCGUACAACGUGCCGUUCUACGCGCCGUCGCUGCAGGAGAUGGAGGUGGAGGUGCGGCUGGAGGGGUCCUUCAGCCUCGACUACGUGCAGACGUACGAGAUCAACCUCAGCAGCAGCGGCGACGCCAAGGAGGAUGGCAGGACGGUGUCCAUGGCGAUCAGGGCCAUCCAGGAGUCCAUGCUCAGCCACCACUUCGGCCCGGACAUCGUCGACGCGCUCUUCCACAAGUACACGCAGCUGGUCACCGAGUCCAUGGAGAGGGAAGAGGUCAAGAGUGUCCAGAUAGGGGUAGUCCUCACCAGGUUGUGACUCGAGUCUGUCUACUGACUGUAUUUUUCUUUAGCAAGUUUAGGUUUGACUCUGUUCUAUUGUCAUAUUCAGUAUUGUUUAGUAGUAGUAAUUGGCAGCAAAAGUCACAUUUAUCAUGGGAAUGUGUGCAUCCUUUGUCUCUUCAGCUUUACGCCAUGUAUCAAGUUUAGCUUAGAAUCUCGAAUAGGAGUAUCAUUUCUA